AUGGAUAGUCAAAGAUCUUUUUCGGAGACUGAGACGUGUCUCUUUAAUAAAAUUUCUGGGGCUGUCCAUGCCACAAGCGAAAAUCAGAAGAACCUUCUCAAAUCGUUUAUUUGUGGUGAGUCGAUUUCGGAGUGGACCCAAUUAGUGGCAAUGAUGGAAUCGAACGGCCCUUUAAGUAUCCUAUCUGAGGACGAACUGAAAUACUUAAACGCUUUGAAUGCGACCAGUCGUGGUCAUCAAUCAUCACAAGCUCAGGGGGGAGUGGGCAUAUUCUCUAAGAUCCAGCCUAUACCUGGUCAGAAGACUACCGAUCAUAACCUCGUUAAAGCGGCCACUAAAGACAUGGUUCAAUAUAACGAUGUCUUGGAGAAGCUACUAGUGAAGUAUAGAGACUAUGUUCGUUCUAGCAUCUCCGGUCUUCAAACCUAUGCAAAGACCGAUAAUGGAGCCUCGGUAUUUGAGCAAAAGAUCGCCCAACUGUCUUCCAGAAGGGAUUCGCUUAAGAAAGAGAUUCAUUCACUAGAGAACAAAAUCAACAAUCGUUUCGAUCGACUUGAAGAUACUUCUCGAACCGAGCCCAACAUAGCGGAGUCAGAGGGUGGUUUAUCUGAUAGGAGCUCGAAGUCCAUCGCUCUAACGGAAGUAUUCAAAACAACACUCCCAUCAUAUGAUCAUAUCCUUAGUAGAUUAAGUGCUCUACAUGGUGAAUUGAACUACGAUGUGGGUGAAGAUGAUACAAUCCUUCAGACAGCCAGACGGCAUGCUACCCAGAUUGUGCUGUCAUUAGCCACCAAGUGUCGUGCAUCAUUAGACACAGUUUUCCUAGAGGCCUCACUUACCUAUAAUAGACGCGCAUCUUACGCAUCUAAUUACGCGCGAGACAUCAACGACGAACGUGAGGCCGUAUAUGCCGAGAUACAAUCCCUCUGGGAUGAGAUGGUACCCCUCUCACACAUGGUUGUGGAGAAUGAAUUUCUCAAACCCAUCUUGAAAAAGACCGAAACACGUUCUGACAGACAGGGUACAAGAGAUAUGAUAGUUUCGAGCUACACGUCUGCCAUGCUUCGCUUCAUGAACGAGCGCCUCCGUAUUCUGGUAUCCCGCAUCCAGAUGCUAGUUUACCAUCACCAAACUCUCUUAAACGCCUUCACGAUUGUGAAUAGUAAAACAGGGGCCAGAUCGACUAAGGGGUUAGGCACAGCGAACAUGCAUCGGGCACAAACCAAAGAGGGCGGAAAGUCGAAGGGCCAUACACUCAUGAAUACUAUUCGACGUCAAAUGGAACUUUACGGUUCCGUCCCGAUAGAUGUCGAUAAAAUGUCCCAAACAGCCCCUACACCCACGUCCCACAUGCAGGUCGAUAAGUUAGACCGAUAUGUCACCUCGCGGCAGAAAAAAGGCGACGACAUCGCAAGGAAUGUGCACAGCUAUUUCGAAAGGGCGGCGAAAUCGCAAAUUACGGAUGCUGAAUUCGGGGCUCACCUCCUCUUGGAUUCCGUCAUUGCCGACAGUACCGCCGGUAGCCGGGUGGGUGGUCAUGUCUACGACGACCAGCAAGUUGAGGAUUCCGUUGCCACAAUAAAAUCCCAAACGAACGAAAUCGAAACGACGUUCAGAAAGCUUCGAGAAGGAGCCGGGACCCCGUCUUCGGCAUCGGACUUCGUCACGUAUGCUUACAAUAAGUCCGUUAAGCAAGUUCCCUCGGACGACUCUGAGAAGUGCCCUAAGUUUGCGGCUAUCGUCCAGAAAUGGGGGGACUCUGCAGGGUUUACGAAUUAA